UAAUGUGUACUUUACAAUCCAUAACCCUGUUCGCAUUUUGUUUGAUCUGUGGAAAUGCAAUGGCAAAUAGGGUUCACGAAAAGUCAUACGCCUGCUCUUCAGUGGCACUGAAAAAGCUGCUGAGGGUAGAGGAUGAACUAGUGCGGAACAUAAGGAGCUACGUUACCAAGCUGAAGACUAAGCACCAGCUAGUUAACCAAGCUUUGAGCAGCAUGAGAGCGGAGGAGAGCCACAUGAAAACGGACUACGAGGCUUACCUGGCCAAUCCCCUAAACAGCUUUCGGCUUAUACAUCGUCUACAUCGAGAUUGGGAGCAAUUAGUGAUCUACACAUCAGAGGCGCAACAAAAUGAAAGAGGACACAUUGAGUAUGCACAUCGUCUGCGAAUGCUUCUACCCAGUGCCUUGGACUUGGAAGAGGCCAGUCGUGGCAUCGAUAGCGUAGUGGAUAUCUACGAACUGCAGCCGAAAUACUUAGCCGCAGGCACUCUAGUCCCUGGAGACACGCAUCCCGUCGCAGCCUUGUCCCCCCUGGACUGCCUGUUAUUGGGAAAUUAUUGUAAAAACGAACGGAAUGAUAGACGUGCCGAGGCUUGGUUCAAUGCCUCAUUAGAAAGGUACGACGAGGAUAGGCUAGAGUAUGUCGUCUUUGGCCUAAGCCGGAAAAGCAUUCACAACUCUUUAGGCAUGCUGCUCAUGAAAACUCAGCAGGAAACUGCCGGCAUGGCACACCUGAACACUGAAGGCGAAGAUAAUAGUUUCUCCAAGGAUAUUAAAAAACACUAUGACAGCCAAAUGAUGUAUAAGCGGGGCUGCAGUUCUGUCUUCAGAGCUCCAGCCCAUCUGCACUGUCGCUACAACAGCUCCACGACAGCCUUUGCGCGAAUUGCCCCAAUGAAGAUGGAGGAGCUGAGCCACGAUCCGUACAUGGUGCUCUUUCACAAUGUUGUCUACGAGAGUGAAAUGGAUUGGCUGCUGAAUGCCAAACAGCUGAAGGCAUCUCUGGUGGGUCAUUAUCAGUACUCCGAUUUUCGAACCUCAAAGGAACAGCAUUUCCAUGAGAAUUACAAUGAAGCAGUGGUCAAGAGUAUCCACAGGCGGCUGACGGACAUGACCGGGUUGAGUUUGAUUGAAAGCGAUGCUUUAACGCUCAUCAACUAUGGCAUGGGCGGGCACUAUGACCUGCACUACGAUAGCCACAACUACAGUGAACCGAACCGAAUUCUCAUUGGCGACCGCAUAGCCACUGUUCUCCUUUAUGUGGGUGAAGUGGACUCUGGUGGUGCCACAAUAUUUCCCUACAUCAAUGUGUCUGUCACGCCCACGAAGGGAUCUGCUGUCUUAUGGUACAACUUGGACAACGCAGGCGAAAUUAAUGCCAAAGCAAUUCAUGCGGGAUGCCCAGUGAUAGUUGGCUCCAAAUACGUGCUUACCAAAUGGAUAAACGAAAUGCGGCAGUUGUUCCUCACUCCCUGCAUACGGAACAAAAUAUCCAAGCUAAAAUCUAGAUAGAAAUAAAGCGGAUUCAUUUAAUAUCACGCAGAAUGUUUGCUUAAAGCA